GACACUCUAUAGCCAUCGUACUAAAAUAUACGAUUUCACGUUUUCUUCUGGUGUCACGUAUCGAGGCUUUUAUUUUGAAAAACUACACUUUUGGCGGCCAUUACUACUGUACGCUACUGCUGAUUGUUUUCACUUUGUGGUUCCACUCUGCAUUUAUCCAGUACAGCAAGCGCGAGACGGAACAAAGGCCAAAACUGGAAGGGCUCAGCAGUGCCUGGGAGCCCAGGGAGCCACUGUCUGAGUCCCUUGGGGUCAACGCCAAGAAUCCAGUGACUAUGAACGCCACAAAGGGAGGCCUGGUCAUUUUCACGGCCAACUCCAACCCAUCCAGCAGAGAGCUGGGUAAAAGGAUUGCAGAACGGUUGGGUGUGGAGCUUGGCAAGGUGCAAGUCUAUCAGGAGGCAAACAGAGAGACACGGGUUCAAAUCCAAGAGUCUGUUCGUGGUAAAGAUGUCUUCAUCAUCCAGACUGUAUCCAAGGAUGUUAAUACGACCAUCAUGGAGCUGCUCAUUAUGGUGUACGCCUGCAGGACCUCGUGUGCGCGGAACAUUAUCGGAGUCAUUCCCUACUUCCCUUACAGUAAACAGUGCAAAAUGAGGAAAAGAGGCUCCAUCGUCUCCAAACUGCUGGCCUCCAUGAUGUGUAAAGCAGGUUUGACUCAUCUCAUCACUAUGGAUUUGCACCAGAAGGAAAUCCAAGGCUUCUUUAACAUUCCAGUAGACAACCUGCGAGCAUCUCCAUUCCUGCUGCAGUACAUUCAGGAAGAGAUCCCUGACUAUAGAAACGCAGUAAUUGUGGCCAAAUCUCCAGCAUCAGCAAAAAGGGCGCAGUCGUUUGCUGAAAGGCUGCGGCUUGGCAUUGCCGUGAUCCACGGCGAAGCGCAGGACGCCGAGUCCGAUCUUGUGGAUGGACGACACUCUCCGCCUACGGUCAAAAACAUCGGCGCCAUCCAUCCCAGCCUGGAGAUACCUUUACUCAUUCCAAAAGAAAAGCCUCCUAUAACCGUAGUGGGAGACGUAGGAGGUCGGAUCGCCAUCAUCGUGGAUGACAUUAUCGAUGAUGUGGACAGUUUCCUGGCAGCUGCUGACACGCUGAAGGAGCGAGGAGCUUAUAAAAUCUUUGUCAUGGCCACUCACGGAAUCCUGUCCUCUGACGCACCACGUCUAAUAGAGGAGUCUGCCAUCGAUGAGGUGGUCGUCACAAACACCAUUCCACACGAGAUCCAGAAGCUGCAGUGUCCCAAGAUCAAGACGGUCGACAUUAGCAUGAUCCUGUCCGAGGCAAUCCGUCGCAUUCACAACGGAGAGUCGAUGUCUUACCUGUUUCGCAACAUAGGCAUGGAUGAUUGACAGCUUUGUCACCUCCUGUUUCAUCACUGCCAGUUGCGUAAUGUGCACAAAAGUCUGUUGUCCCCACCCCCCCUCACAUUACACAAACUUUGUGGCCAAAACCAUUUUUUUCCCCUCUAUUUGUUAAAUUGUGCUUAAAGGCCAUUACACUUUUUUUUUCUUUAUAAAACUUUUUUUUUUUAUUUAAUUUUAUUGCUUUGCGCAUAUUCUGUUCACUUACUAAUCACUGCAGUGUGGUUUUCAGAGAAGUUUGGGAAAGGGUGAGUUCUGGGAAAUACCCUUCACUGAUGUUAUUGGUUAAUUUGUAAUAAUUUAAAGAGAAAAACACUGGCUGUUUUUGUUUGUUUGUUGAUGUUUAAAUUGAAUACCAAUUUGUACUUUGUUUGCUACCAUCGAAUUGAUACUAAUUAAAAUGGCUAAUCAGGGUUCAAGUGCUUUGAUAAAUAUCGACAGCCAUUGUAUUUAUUUACACUCUCGGGGAGGACGGAUUCUUUCACAUGGCCAACAGUAUCGACAAAUAUUAACACAGCGAUCAUCUCUUAGCACUCUGCCAUAUAAGCGUACCAGUCUUCGCCUCAUGACUUGUGUAAUCACUGUGCUACUGGAUAAUUAAAUGUGUCAUUUAUUCGGCAAGUUCUUUGAAUCUCUUAACACCCGAUUGAAUUAUUUCUUAACAGACCUUUUAAUUAACGAGCAAAAAAUCCGCUUGACCUAGCAGUAGAUUAUUAAGUAGAAAUAUAUUUCAUGCUAAGAUGUUUAAAUUCAGCACACGAAAGCGCAUCUGCUUUACUAGUUACGGCGAUCUUUUUGCUUAACUUUUUGACUUUUCCAGUCAGUCUGUUUGCAGGGCCUUUUGUUAUUGUACUAAUCCAUCAUGCUGUCACAUUUCCUCACAGCACUCGAUGAUGAUGAAGAUACAAUAAAUAAAUAAAUUAAUAUAAA